UUCGUCUUCGUUUCCGUUUCUUUUCUUCGCUUUGAGUCUACAUGUCGGCAUUCCUAUCUGGAGGCUCGAGCACAGAGAAGAUAGAGGGAUAGAUAGAUUAGAUUCGCCAUAUAUUGCACUGGUACAAGGAAAAGUCUUCCUUUUUUGGCUUGGUUGAUAAAUUUCCCGAGUAGAAGUUUUAGGGUAAUAUCAGACGGAAAAAGGAAAGAAAGGAUAAAUUACUAUAUCAAUUCAUAGAGAUGAAGGCGAUCGGCGUCAUCUCCAGCUCAGUCCCUUCCUUUUCAGGUGCUGGUGGAAAAGAUGGCUACGGCCACUCCCGCAAAGCUGCUGAAUCUUUUUCUUCUUCUUCUUCUUCAUUUACUGGUAUUGGUUUAGGAUUGAGGAGGGUCUGUCGUAAAACGAGGAAGUUUGUUGGGCUUUCCGGGCAUGAGUUUCGUCGGAGCGAUCACUUGGACUAUUACUCCUCAGGAGGAGGGAAUAUCAGGUGUGGCGGUGGGUGUGGAGGAAAGAAAGAGAAGGACAUGAACAAGAAUGAAAAGGAGCACAAAGCAACGAAGAAGAUGAUGAAGAAGAGGUUGAAGAUGCUGGAGGGCCUGUCCAGGGACUUGUCCAUGUUCUCUUCUGGUGGGAUGAAUUUUGGUUUUGCUGAUAAUACUGUAUUUGAUGAAGUCAAAGCCAAUACGAUCGCUGAGGCGGCUGAGGUAUUGCAGGGUCAAAUCAAACAGCUAAUAGCGAAGGAUACGGAAUUGAAGAUGACAAGGAAAGGUGAGAAAAUGAGGUCACAAAUGCAAACUAUGCCGGAAUAUGGACUUUCUUCGAGCUCAAUGUCGUCAACCUCUUCAGAUUCUAGUGACAAUGAAUGUGGGCAGGUAGUUGACAUGAAAGAAGAAAAUUUUCUAAAACCAGUUAUUGAGCAUGAAUCAGUAGCCCUUCCUGGCCUUUUGGCGGAGGAAAAGGUCGUGACCAAUUCCCAAACACCAAUUUUAGAUGUUCUGUCCGUCAUUCAGAGCUCAGAAACUCAAGAACGAACCUCAACCAUGGGUGCAUGUGUCGAGAUUGGAAGUUCAGGGAGUUCAGAGCAAGGAUACUGCAUUGGAAGCGGUGGCUUCUUUAGAGAUUAUGUGGAUAAUGUAAGUUCCAUUGAUGAGUGCCUAGCUGCAGGAGUAUCACCCAAGAAAAUCGAGGUUUGUAUGGGUGGUAAAUGCAAGAAAUCGGGUGCUGCAGCGCUUCUGGGGGAACUUCAAAGGCUAGUUGGCAUUGAAGGAGCUGUCUCCGGAUGCAAGUGCAUGGGCAAAUGUAGAGAUGGUCCUAAUGUGAGGAUUCUCAAGGGUCCUUCUGAGAGCGUUACUAACCCCUUGUGCAUUGGUGUGGGCUUGGAGGAUGUGGAUUUGAUCGUGUCCAAUUUCUUUGGAGACAGUUCUGAACGUAGCCUCGCUGCAACAUCAUAGAUUGUUACCGUAAGUAGGAUGGGAUGGCUAGCUGACGCCAGGUCUCGCUAGCAUUGUGUAGAUGCAACUGUUUUGGUUGGCAACGGGGUAACUAUCUCUCCGUUUUCCAUUAUCACAAGGCAAUUUCGCAUUAUUAUUUUUCCACACAGUUAUAGAUUAUUAGGGGAAAUAUUUUGCAUUACCUAAAUUCUAGAGUCAUAGCUCAAUGCUUUCCAUGUCUGAGUAUUGGCUCAUAGGGCAGAUGAGUUGGUAAAACAUGGAGGUCCACGAAUUGAAAAUGAAGAGAAAUGCCUGAGAAAAUACGCCGUGAUCGUGAACUGGCCUCGAGCUCAAUAUUUUCAACCUUAUCUUUCAGAAUCAAGUUACGUUAAGUGCAAAGAGGUGGUUAAUGACAUGAAAGCAGAAAAUUUUGUAA